AUGGAGGUUCACAAAGCUCCAAUCAUGCUUAAGGAUGCAGAAGUCUUGGACGAGAUCACACCUGUGAGCAGGUUCUGGAGCGGGAAUAAGAUUCACGAGUUCCAGAAUGGGGUCUUUCCUGCCCAUCUGGGCAGGAACUUCUUCAGCAUCAGAAGGUUUGAGCUGCAGAGUGUGACAGAGCGGUGGUGUGAGCGUUAUGGAGACCUUCAGGGGGAGCUGCUGUGCGUGGAGCUGGAGAAGGAGCGGCAGGGUUUGGGUCUUAGCCUGGCGGGAAACAGAGAUCGUUCCCGCCUCAGCAUCUUCGUGGUGGGACUCCAUCCGGGGGGACCGGCCGCUCGAGACGGACGCAUCCGGGUCGGAGACGAGCUGCUGGAGAUUAACAACCAGGUUCUUUAUGGGCGGAGUCACCAGAAUGCCUCGGCCAUCAUUAAGAGCACCGCCUCCAAGGUGAAGCUCAUCGUACUCAGAAGUGAAGACGCUCUAAACCAGAUGGCCGUCCCCCCCUUCUCGACUCCCCCUCCUCCCCCUGUCGUCAGCCCUGUCAGCUCUGAGUCUGUCUGUCCAGCUCCUCUCGGUGGCUCCGCCCCCACAGACGGACCCCGCCACCCUGACAGCCUGAGACUCCACCCGUCACCCGACGCUCCGGAUGAGACGAGCGAUGAAGCAGAACACAACAACAGGAACAGCAACAGCGCCCCCAAGAGUCUGAGAGAGGCCGACACCUUCAGAAAGAGGCUGAAAGCUGCAGAGUCUCCAGAAAACGAGCUGCAGGCUCUGAAGGCAUCGCAGGAGCAGCAGUCCUGCAGGUCUCACAGCAGCUCCAGUAAUCAGACAGCAGCAUCUCCUCCUCUGAUCAGCCCAGACCUGCAGACCACCAACAGAGACCCAUCAUGCUGUGCGGUGGUUCCUGGACAGGAGACGCUGUUAGAGAUCUGUAAAGGUCGAUCAGGACUGGGACUCAGUAUAGUGGGAGGAAGAGACACUCAGCUGGAUGCCAUUGUGAUCCAUGAGGUUUAUGAAGAAGGAGCUGCAGCCAGAGACGGACGACUGUGGGCCGGAGACCAGAUCCUGGAGGUGAACGGGGUGGACCUGCGUGGGGCGUCCCACGAGGAGGCCAUCGCCGCCCUGCGUCAGACGCCAGCAAAGGUUUGUCUGACAGUGUUGAGGGACGAAGCUCAGUACAGAGACGAGGAGAACCUGGACAUCUUUAAGGUGGAACUACAGAAGAAGAGUGGCAGAGGGCUGGGACUCAGCAUCGUCGGAAAGAGGAGUGGCAGUGGUGUGUUUAUCUCUGAGGUGGUCAGAGGAGGCGCUGCUGAGCUGGACGGUCGUCUGAUGCAGGGAGAUCAGAUCCUGUCAGUCAACAGAGACGACACGAGACACGCCUCCCAGGAAGCUGUGGCUGCAAUACUGAAGUGUGCUCGUGGUCCGGUGCUGCUGGAGCUCGGACGACUCAAAGCUGCAUCCUGGAUCUCAUCCAGACACAACUCACAAGGAAGCCAUAUGAGUCAUUUGAGUGGGAACAGCUCAGGUGUUGUGGCUUCGCCCUCUGACCCCACAACCUCUGACCCCCCGACAUCAACCUCCAGCGGCCCCCCGCCCCUCAACAACAACGUGAAGUCCACCAGUGACAUCACUUCCUCCUCUAACAGCACAGGAGUAGAUGCUGGCAUCCGUACAGUGGAGAUCACGAGGGGUGUCAGCGACUCCCUCGGGGUGAGUAUCGCGGGGGGGAAGGGCAGCCCGCUGGGCGACAUCCCCAUCUUCAUCGCCAUGAUUCAGGCCAACGGGGUCGCCGCCAAGACGCACAGACUGAAGGUGGGGGACCGGAUCGUCAGUAUUAACAGUCGGUCUGUGGACGGUCUGUCGCACGCCGACGUCGUCGCCAUGCUGAAGAACAGCUACGGAAACAUCAGCCUGCAGGUGGUAGCGGACACCAACAUCAGCGCCAUCGCCACUCAGGUGGAGAGUUUGUCCAGCAGUUCGAGUCUGUCAGCCAACACUGACACACACACACAGCCAGAGGGUCCGCGGCCCCGCAGCAUCAGUCUGGAGAAAGGCUCCGAGGGACUCGGCUUCAGCAUCGUCGGAGGAUUCGGUAGUCCACAUGGAGACCUGCCCAUCUAUGUCAAGACUGUCUUCAGCAAGGGCGCGGCGGCGGUGGACGGCCGUCUGAAGCGAGGCGACCAGAUCCUGUCGGUGAACGGAGAGAGUCUGCAGGGAGCGACGCACGAGCAGGCGGUCGCCAUCCUGAAGAAACAGAGAGGAACCGUCACACUGGACGUCCUGUCAUAACACACACACCUGCACACACACACACACCUGCACCCACACACACACCUGCACACACACAUGAGGAUCCACAUCACACACUUUGACUCUUGGACUACGUCUCAUCAUCGUGAACUCUGAACUUCCCAACAAGCAAAAAAAAGAAACAGCAUCAGACGGUGCCAACACACACACGCACACACACACACACACACACACACACACACGCACACACACACACAGGCUGGUGGGUGAAACCAGUGCUCACUGAUGUCUGACACCAGAUGUGUCCUAAAGUUUCUCAACCUUGGGGUCGGGGCCACCAGUGGGCUCAGCUGACUCCCUCAUGGGGUCCUGAUUGAUUGAUUGGUUGGUUGAUUGGUUGAUUGGUUGAUUGAUUGGUUGAUUGAUUGACUGAUUUGUUCGGGUGUAAUGAUGGUGAAUCUCGGCUGCUUUGUUCCUCUUCUGUGACUGUAAAUCUGACACCUUGAACUCUGGGUAAUAGUGAUCACAAUGAUCAGUGAUUUCAUUGUGGUGGCGCUUGAUGAGGAUUCAUCUAAUCAACAUGUUUCAGUGUGAUCGUGGUGGGCGUGUCAGGAGCAUGAGAAGGUGUUUUUACAUCAGUAACACUCACCUGAGAGUCAGUGGAGUCGUGAUGAGCGACGUUUCCAUCCGGCCUGCAGCUGACUGAAGACAACACUGAGCUUUGUUUUAACGGUUUCUAAUCCAGAGGAACGAAAGGGAAGCUGCACAUGUUAGCUUAGCAUCUCCUCUGUGGUGAAAGACUGGUUAGCCUCUGAGUUAUUCUAAAUGUGGAGGCCAGCGGGGAGGACGGGUGGUGGUUCAGCCUCCAUCAGCAUCUGGUUUGUAGCUGUUUGUGUUUGUCAGUCAAACAGCUGUCGAAGCUACGGCGCUAAAAGGGACUUUUCAGCUUCAGAUAUGCAGCAGUUCAGACAAAGAGCUGGGUUUGGGUUUCAGCUUCAGUUUGAUGAAACGGUACAUCGACAUUUAUCUCCAAAAUGAGCUAAAAUCAAACAAAACAUGAGUGAAAACUGGUCUGGAGCGAAUCCUGAGCUCUCUCCACCAGAGUUCACUCUGAACUGCAGCAGCUAUUGGACCAGAAGACUCUUCACUGAGGAGCUGCUGACAGGCCGCAGUGUCAUACUAGCCCUCGCUAGCUAGCUCCAAUGCUAACUGCUGCUGAAACCUCAGUGUCUCCCUGUUACAUUUCUAUGUCUUCACCUCUUUAAGACGCAGCAUGUAAACCAGACAGACUCAUAGUCGUUGGAAGGGGGAUUUUUUUUUCUCCUUUGUUGGAGCUAGGCUAACAGUUUCCCUCUACUUUCAGCCUUUGUGCUAAGCUAGGCUAAACACAUCUUAGACCUAUUUCAGGCUUUGUUCUCUGAUCGACAGGUACAAUUUGGAUUUAGUUUCAUUUUGGCAAAAUACACAAAUUCACAAAGAUUGAGGGCUAACGAAUGUCCUCCUUUUUUAUUCGCCAAAGGCCGAGUAUCAAAGUCUCUGUCAGCUGACUGAGCCGUAGCAGCUCUUCAUGAAGGUCUUCCUCAGUUCCCAGUAACUGGUUUCAAACUGGUGAUUUACUACAUCAGGUUGAAACAAAAAACCUCACAAAUGUCUCAGCAUUUUAGUGAUGUGUAAAUCUGUUGCUAGGAAACAUCUGUCCAAUCCAGAGCAUUCAACUAUGUAAACAGGAAGUAACUGUAGCAUCACAAGCUAGCAGAACUUCCAAGCACUACAGUUUUAGAGGCUAAAAGAUGAAUCUUAGUGAAUGAAGGAAUUGGUUUUAUUUCUGUCUGCACACAUAAAGAAAUAUGUUUCAUAGUCAGCAGUAUUCAUACAGUUUGUAAUGAGGUGGAAAUAUCUGAUUAUGCUAAGCUAACUUUUUUAUUUUUCUGAGACGACAUUUAAAAUCUCUCAGAUUAAAUUCACAUUAGAGCAGACGUGGUGAAGUCUGACCAACCCAGCGGGAGGAUUCACUGUCAGACUGUCGCUUUAGCUCUGAACUUGUUUGUCGUGUUAGCAGGUCGGCUAACGUCUCUCUGGUCAGAUGUUAGCCGCGUCAGUCUGUGAGAACAGUUUGUUUGUGAGGAAACAUUCUGUUCAGAGACCAGCGGUACUUUAUACAUAUCAAUCAAGUGCAAAAGACUUUAUGUUCAGCUUUUUGUCAUAAUUACUGUCUUAAUUUUUGGUACUUUGAUCUGUAGACGUCUGAGUAGAUGAAUUGUAAUUUAUUUUUUGAUCUUGCUGGAAAUUAACAAUGCAUUUUUUGUUGUUAUGUUUUGCCAACGUCUGAAUCACGGAAGAGUCAGAAAUCACCAUGGAAACCCUGCAGCUUCGGUUCGCCUUCACGCAGGACUCAUUCAGAGUCGCUGUCAGAAACCAGCUGGGUUUGCACUUUAUUUUACAUCAUUUCCUCACGACUUCCAUGGGAAGAACUUGUCAUUUGGCUGUUAUUUAUAGAGAAAAUAGAGACAGUGUUCAGUUGAAUGUUUUAGUCUGAGCACAAUAAACGAUUAAUGAGGAGACUGAGCUGCUGUUUGAAGGACGUUACUCAUCCAAAGUGAAGCUCCUCAGAUGUGGAGAUGCUGCUGCUCACCUGACUGCCUGUUUGUUUGGCCUGUAUCUGUUUCCCCUGACAAACUGUCUGCAGGAUUAGCCGUUAGCAGCUCCUGUUAGCAGCUGCUAAUGUUAGCAGCUGCUAAUGUUAGCAGUGUGAACACAGCUCUGCAGACGGCUCCCCUG